AUGCCAAAACACAGAUCUAGCCGUCGCAGAAAUGUUAAAAAGAACUGUUGUUGGGAUCAAAGGCCUGAACAUUAUCCAACAUCAAUUUACAAUGGCGGUAACCAGCUUGAAGAACGGCUGAAACAGAGGCAGAGGCACUGGACUCAUGAGGAAGAUAAAACACUUUUGAGUAUCGUAAAAACGCAUGGCCCGCAAAACUGGGAAAAGAUUUCUACUUUUCACCCUACGCGGAAUGGCAAGCAAAUGAGGGAACGAUGGCUAGCUCACUUGAAAGGCGUCAAUAAAACGCAAUUCUCAGAUAAAGAAGUUGCCACUGUUUAUUAUAUGCAUGACAUAGAAAAGAAAGGAUGGGUUGAAAUUGCAAACAAACUUGGCAAUAAUCGUACGUCAAACUCAUGUAAAAACGUCUAUCACAACAUCGUGUACAAGAAACUUUGCAGUUAUCCAAAAGCUGCUAACGAGUAUAAAGCUUUAUAUUUUGCAACGCUCAUGGAAGACUUGAAUGAGUGUUCGCCCAAAGAAAAGAUGGCAAUAGAGUUUCUUAUAACGGCGAAGAACCCGGUCGAGAAUAAAAUGGAUAUCAAAACGUUGUUAGGAUAA